AUGGCUUCGCCGCAUCGGUCGUUCUGGGACGUGAGCGUGGAGCUGAGGAUCAGCGAAGCAAAGAACCUUGGCACAUCCAAAGACCAGAACGAUGCCAUGAGCCCUUACUGUCUCGUGGAGGUAGAUGACGAAGAGGUGGCGCGUACCUCGACAAAGUGGCAAACGUUCAAUCCUUUCUUUGGCGAAACCUUCCACAUUGCCAUGCCACACAACUUCAGCGUCAUGUCCAUCUCCGUGUGCGAUCAGACGAAGGGCACCAAGCUGGGUCUCAUGUACCUCAACCGAGCAACCUUGUUCAAGUCUCUUAGCAGCGACGGCCACAAGGAGGCAUGGUUCCCGCUGUUGAAGCCAGUGCCUGUGAUUGAGGUGCAAGGGGAGUUGUUUGUUGAGCUGCUGCUCACCUCCACCCCUUAUGGCUCAAAACGCCUGGACGUCACCGUUGUCAGGGCUCGCGACAUCUUCCACAAGGGCUUCAGCGGCAAGUGUGAGCCAUAUUUUGAGCUCUCUUUUGACGGCGACACACGAACAUCAGAGAAAAAGCGCGGCGCAAGGUUUCCGCUGUGGGAUCAGUCGUUUUCGUUUGAGCGGAAGACGCUGCCUGAUUCGUUCACCAUCACCGUGUUUGACGGCACAAAGAAAGCUGGGCAGUCGCUGCUUGGCCAGGCAUCCAUCACCCUUGACCACCUCGAGCCAGGCCUCAGACACCCACAGUGGCACCGGCUGGAACCGCGUGUUGAGGACUACGACGGCAACACAAGCGGCAACGGAACAAUCCGCGUGUUUGCACAGUUGACGCAUCAGCUGAUCAUGCCCAUCUCGGCCUACCACCCGCUCUUCUCAUAUCUCCUGAGCGAUAUUGGGCGCCCAGACGUGGCGACACGCGGAUGGCUUGGGCUGCUCCAAUCGCUUGUUGCGGACGGCACCAUUGAUCGGGACGGUACGGCAUCUGCGCUGAUGCUCGCACUCAACACUGACGACGCUGUGAGCUGUCUGAAAGCGCUGACGAUUGAUCUCAUCUCCAAAUCGGACAACAGCGCCACGCUCUUUCGCAGCAAUUCCCUCGCAUCCAAGUGCGCGGACCACUUUAUGAAGAUUGUCGGGCUGCCGUAUCUGCACGAAACGCUCAAGGAGAUCAUCGAUGACAUCUUCUACGAGAAGAAGGACUGCGAAAUUGACCCGUCAAAGAUGAGCAGCAGCUCGCCGAGCGUAAUCAAGCGCCACGCAACAGACCUCACGCGCUACCUCGAACGCAUUCUCGACAGAAUCUUCUCCUCCUGCGCCAGGUGCCCCUGGCCGAUGCGCGCCGUGUUCUCAAACAUCCGCAGCGCCGUCGAGCAGAACGAGGCGCUGGCCAGCAGCACGAGCGGUGACGAUUCGAGCACGCCCUACACCGCCGUCAGUGGAUUUGUCUUCCUGCGCUUCUUCGCCCCCGCCGUCCUCUCCCCAAAGCUCUUUGGGAUGCGGGAGGAGCUGGCAGAUGCGACGACGGCGCGAACACUGACGCUCUUGGCCAAGGCGCUACAGACCAUUGGCAACCUCGGUAGCUCAAACUUCGCCGUCAAGGAGCAAUACAUGGCGCCGCUUGGCCCUGUGAUUGACAAGAAUGUGCCCCGGGUGAAGGCGUUUAUUGACGAGCUCUGCCGCGUCAGCGCCAUUGCUGCCCAUGCGAAGGAGUCUGUGCAGAUGGAUGCCGGGAGCGACACGCUGAUUGCAGCAUCGGCCAAGAUGCCCGUGUUGGAGCCGGGUGCCAAGUCGUUCAAGAAGAAGAUUGUCAGCCUCACCCGGCACAUGCUCAUGUGGCAGAAGUCGCCCAGCGAAACGCCAGCGCGCCUCCUGCUGAAGGACGUGAUCAACGUGGAGCGGAUGGAACCAAACACGUUUGACAAGAAAAACCUCGUCCAGGUGUUGACGGACGAUUCAAGAGUUGUGCUGUCGCUCAGUUCUGCACAAGAAGUCACCACCUGGCUCAAGUUCUUUCGCGAGUUUCUGCGUGGAAGUGGCGCGUACAUUCGGUCUGCGUGUCACGCGGGGACAUUCAAGAAGAACAAGUGGACGUGUUGUGGACAGAACACACAGGAUGCUGCACCAUGCAGCAAAGCACACACCGCUCUCGCCCUCAACUCGUUCUCGCUCGCCCUCUCGGAGAGCGAACGCAUGCACGCCCUGUAUGCCAUCCUCGUGUCGCUGCUGCCGCGGCUGCAAGAGCUGCAGGGCAGAGCAUCGAGGGUGACCAAAGGGAUCCAGCAACUGCUGCUGCAGAAGCCCCGUGUCUCCCGGCGAAGGGCGUCAUGGGCGCACAGCGGGCUCAUCCGCGCAUAG